AUGAGUAUUUACUCAACUCCGCUAAAAGCAAAGGUUUCCUUCCAGAUGCCUAAUGAAAAUGGCACCAAUGGCAGCUCUACAGAAACCAAAGUAAUAUCUAAUAAAUUAAGUACCAACGGUCACUCAAAUACUAAUAACACUGCUGCAGCUAUAACUAAUAUCGCCCCCCUGUCUAAUUUCUUUAGUAAUAUAAUGAAUACAAGAAAUGAAACAGUUCGUAUUAAAGGCUUCAAUGAAAAACCACCGCUAGAGUUGGCUUCUCAAUAUAUAGAUAAUUUAAAUGAAUUAGAUAAUAAUGCUCCAAUUUUGGAUCUAAAUUCCUACUAUAAUAAUGGUGUAGAAUAUAAUUUUAGUAAGGAUAUAGGUGGGUUGGGUGCCUUUACACCAUUCCAAAGAUCUCAAGUCAUUAAUAUACCGGAAGAGUUAUUAAAAAAAACUAACUCCGCAAAUACAAUUGAUAGUAAUAUGGGUAUUUUCUCAGAAAUUGACCGUUGUUGGAUUACUUUUGAUAGCAAAAUAGUUUUAUGGAAUAUGAAACAAUCAGGUGUAUUUCAAACAAUUGAUGAAUUUAAAGCUCCUAUAGUGAAAAUUUCCUUGGUUAAGCCACGUCCAUGCACCUUUGUCAACACUAUAACCCAUUUACUAAUUGUGGCAACUACACAAGAUUUGAAUUUAUUUGCUAUUUCCUACGAUUCUGAAGAAGAGGAACUGUCUGUUUACAAUACUGAGUUAUCGAUUGCAUUAAAUGGUCUGAUUGUUCAGGACAUUGUUGUUUACGAAUCUACAGGUCAGAUUUUUUUUACCACCAAGGAUGACUUAAAUAUUUGGGAGUUCCAAUAUUCUAACACUGAUGAGUGGUUUAAUGCUAAAUGUUCCAAAAUAUGUUUAACACAAUCCAGACUUUCUAAUCUAGUUCCGACAUCUAUGGUUAAUAAGCUUUCCACCAUUUUUGCUUCUUCUUCCAAGCCGGAAGAAUUAAUUCAAUUGGUAAUUGACCAAUCAAGAGGUAUCAUUUACACCUUGUCAAAUAAAUCUGUCAUUAGAGCUUAUGGCAUAACUUCUAAAAACUCGUUAGAAUCACCCUUAAUUUCUACGCCAGAGGAUAUGAAGCAAAGAAUUAGUGUUACAAGCAGUUGGAGAGCUGCCAUUUUGAAGAAUGAAUAUUUUAAAAUAGUGAAAAUUGUGCCCAUCCUGAACAAAGAAAAUAGAAAUUUAUUUUUGGUAGCAAUUACUGUCGGCGGUUGCAGACUAUACUUCAAUGGUUUUAUAAAUCAACAUAAUUCCAAAAAAGUUGGUGCAUUGCUUUUAGAAUCCGUUAAAUUUCCCCCUGUUUCGCAAGAAGUAAUUAACCAAAAGAUUAAUUCCGAAUUAAACACAAAGGGUAAAUUAUUACCCAACAACCUUUCUGAUUCUUACAAUUUUAUGAAAUACAGAUUACAAAGAAGUUCCAGUGUAUUACUGUCCACUUCAGCUGCGAGUACUAUUAUUUCACCAGGCAUUUUUUUUUGUCCUGUGGAAAAAGACGCCAAAGAUGGUGAUGCUAAAGCUCAUAAAUUAUUUGUUUCUGUACCUGACUAUGGUAUUUUGAAAAACUACAAUAAGUAUUUGGAGAAUGCUGCUUUUUUGGAUACUAAUGAUGAAGUCAGGGCAAUUGCUCCGAUAACUCCGUUAUUCAACGCGACUGAAACACCAUACGGCUACUGUAACGAAUUUGCUACCCAGUAUUCUAUCGAACCUUUGCAAGUUGCAGUUUUAACUGAUACAACUUUGGAAAUCUAUAAAUAUCGUACACCAGAUUUUGUUUUUGAGGAUUUAAUUAGUGGUUCUAAUGUUUUACCAUUUGUUUUGAAUUAUGGUCAGGCAGAAGCUUGUUCUACUGCAUUAUUUUGCUCCUGCAAAUUUAACAGACCAGAAAGCUUGAGAUCCAGUUCCUUAAACUUUUUUUUGACAGGAAUACCGGGAAUCGUUGAUUUGAAACCAGUUUAUAAAAAAACUGGGCUUGUUUCUUAUUUGAUGUCCCCUGCGGGGAGACCUUCUGCUUCUGCGUCUACAAUGAGUACUUCUUCGGCUUUUGCUCCAAGGACUCCAGUCAAAAAUAGUAUUACAACAACGUCUACCAAUAGCAGUGCUGUACACGAGGAAACCCUUUCGGAAUAUAGUAUGGAUGAUGUUGUUUUAUCUUCAAGAUUUUAUGGUAUUGCUUUAUUAGUUGCUAGAAUGACUAGAAACCUUUGGAACAAGCCGGUAUUUGAGGUUUUCAAGAAUUGUAAAUUUGAUUCUAGUAAUAAUGAUAAAAUCGUGGUUAACUCUGUAAUUGAUAACCAAAUAAUUUCUAAAUUUUCUGUACCAAGAAACAGAAUUGAAUAUUAUUUAAGUUCUAUUGUAGUUGUUGAUGAUUUUUUAAAUGCACAUUCCGACCAACUUUUAUAUACAACAGCUAGCUUAUCGCAAUUUAAAGAUAAAAAGGAGGAACUUGCAAAUAAUGCUGAAAAUAUUGCCGUCGCGUCUAUGAUUAGGUUAAUUAAAUCCAUGAAAGAAGCGCUAUCAUUUUUGCUUGUUCUAUACGAUGAAAGCGAAGUGGAUGGAUUUGAAGGACAAUAUUUAGCAUUUAAGGAUAUUAUCAAAUAUUUGAGUCUAGAAGUUCAGACAAAGUUGAAAGACAUGAACUUUAAAGACCUUUUCAGUUUAUCUAGCUUGGAGACCAAAACUUUGAUCCGUGAAUUGUCAUCUUCAAUUAUUAACCGAAAUUUAAUGAGAGGAAGAUCUAUUGAUUAUAUUACUAAUGCGCUACAAGAACGCUGUGGUUCUUUUUGCUCAAGUGAUGAUGUUUUAGGCUAUCGUGCCAUAGAACACUUGAAAAAGGCAAAGGAAAUUGGUUUACGUGACUUGGAAGCAUUAAAUUAUCAUUUAAAAAAUGCCACUGCUUUAUUUGAAAGAGCUUGUGAUGAUAUUUCCACGGCUAAUAUUAAGGAAGCUGUUGAUAUUAUGCUGGAAUUGCAUUAUUACCCUAAAGCAAUUGAAUUUUUAUUGAAUCUUGCAAAUCGCUUUGACAAGGGCAAACAAGCGUACCAAUAUGUCUCUGAUGGUCGUUUGGAACACGAUGAAAGGAAAAUCCUUUACGAUAAACGUAUGAUGGUAUAUGAUUUAGUUUUUGAGAUUUUGGUUAAAUUGGAUAAUUUAGAUUCAAGUAAAGUUAAAAACACUGAUAGAUUAAGAAAUGAUAGUUAUAAUGUUGUAUUAAAAUACGACGAUAAAUUGUUUCAUUAUAGUUUAUACGAUUGGUUAGUUUCCCAAAAUCAAGAAGAAAAAUUAUUGCAAAUUGAUACCGAUUAUAUUUUGCCUUAUUUGCGGGAAAAGGCCUCUAGUUCACUAGACAUUUGCAAUCUAUUGUGGGUUUAUCAUUCAAAAAGACAAAACUUUUAUGAAGCUGCUUGUAUUCUGUACUCUAUUGCUAUAUCCGAUUUUGAUAUCAAAUUAGCCAAAAGAAUUGAAUUUUUAUCCAGAGCAAGUGGAUUUUGCAAGGGUAUUUGCCCUCCUAGCCAAAGACAACAAAUGAUUUCAUUAUCAAGUGAUAUUAGGGAAGUUUUUCAAGUUUCAGAAGUGCAAGAUGAAAUUUUACUUUUAGUUGAAAAUGAUAGUAGGUUCUUGGAAGGGGGAGAUAAUAUCGCUAUUAAAAAAGAUCUGCUCAAACAAUUAGAUGGGAAAAUUUUAAAUGUUAGUGAUUUAUUUAAUGAUUUUGCUGAGCCGUUAGAGUAUUAUGAAAUUUGUUUGCUAAUUUUCAAAAUAUCUGAUUUUAGAGUACACGAAGAAAUCAUGUUAAAAUGGCAGCAAUUGUUUGAUUCAUUGAAAAAAGAGGUUUGUAACAGUAAUAAUACAUCAAACGAUGCUAUCAAUGAAGAUAAUAGAUUACAGUUGGUAAAUCUAGUUUCUGGCGUUGUUACAAAUAUUGGUAAAAAAAUACAUACUUCAGAUUUUGUAUUCCCAAUUGGAGAACUAAUUCCACUAAUUACGGAAUUGUUUUAUGGGUCGAAUGAUGGGGAAAUAGUUUAUUCUGAUGAGAUAAUUAAACCUGGUUUUAUUGUAAAUAUCUUUUUAUCCUGCGGUGUUUCGUAUGACAAAAUGUAUUAUGUUUUCAAAGAUUUAAUUCAGGCCAAUGGUUAUGUAGUCGGUAUUUAUAAGAGAGAAAUAAAUUGGUUAAUUAAGAAAUGGUAUGAAGAAGAUAGAAAUUUAAGAGACUUGGUUUCUUAUGAUCAAAUACGUGGCUUAAAAGACGAUUACAGUGUUGAAAGUGACCCAAUAGAAAAGUUUAUUAAGACCACGGGUAAUUGUGUUUAA